GCUACAAAUCGGGCCAUAUCCCGGGCAAUUGCAUUAAAUUCCUCAUUCUCAAACUAGUGUUUCCAAACAAUGUCUUCGCCCGCCCCGAAGUCGCCGGAGUUGUCGGAUAAAAGCCGUAAAUAUGAUCGACAGAUUAGACUGUGGGGCGAACAUGGACAAACAUUGCUGGAAAAUGCGCAAAUUUGCCUUAUCAACGCCACGGCGCUCGGUGCCGAGGUACUGAAAGGUGUCGUACUACCGGGCAUCGGUGGCUUCACCAUCGUGGACCAUCUGAUGGUAACGGAGGAGGACGUUGGGUGUAAUUUUUUCCUCGACCUCGGUUCGGUCGGCCAACCGCGAGCGAAACGGUGCAUGCAGCUGCUGCGCGAACUGAACCCCGACGUGAACGGGGACUACAUAGACGAACACGUGGAGCAGCUGAUCGAAAAUCAACCGGAUUUUUUCCGGAGCUUCGACGUGAUCGUCGCCACUUCGAUCAGCGAGCGAACGAUUGUGCGGCUGUCGAAUGUGCUCUGGGAGCAGAGCAUACCACUGAUCGUUGCCCGAUCGAUUGGCUUCUACGGCGUGGCACGGUUGCAGGUGCGCGAGCACUGUGUCGUUGAGAUGCACCCGGACAACAAACAAACAGACCUGCGACUGGAACACCCGUUCGAGGGAUUGCGAAAGCACAUGGACGAAACGGAGCUAACGAGCAAGGUACCGUGGCUGGUGGUGCUGUACAAGGUCCUGUACGAGUGGGUCGCAGCCCACGACGAUCGUUUUCCGGCAAAUUACCGCGAGAAGUAUGAGGUUCGGGAAUUGAUCGAAACGAAAAUGAGCGGUGAACAGGAAAACUUCGAGGAAGCCAUCAAAGCGGUCAACUCGAGUUUUGGCGGCGGUAAGCCUUCGUCUGCGGUGAUGGAAAUACUCGAAGAUAAUCGGUGUGUCAAUAUCAAUAAGGAGAGCAACAGCUUCUGGAUCAUGGCCCGUGCAUUGAAAGACUUCGUCAACAACGAGGGCAAAGGUUUGCUGCCGGUUCCAGGGGUGCUGCCGGAUAUGACCGCCGACACCAUCUCGUACAUUAAGCUACAAAACGUGUACCGUUCGCAGGCGGCCCACGAUGCGGAAAUUGUGUUUCGGCGGGCACGCCAGCUGCUGAAGGAAUUGAACAAACCGAACGAUCUUAUUACCGAGAAAGAUGUGCGGUUGUUUUGUCGCGAAGCGGCCAACAUUGCAGUCGUGCGGGGUUCGAAAAUCGCCGAUGAAUUCGAAAAAGGCCAUCGGGCACCAAACAUUGCCAGUGGCCUCGAAACACCAAACUCGCUGAUGGCCCACUACCUUGUGCUCCGGGCUCUCGAUCGAUUUCAGGCCGAGUACGGUUGUGUGCCGGGAGAAAGUGAAGCAGAAUCGGACACUUCGCGCAUCAAGAGUCUCGCCGGCAAGAUGCUUAGCGAGUUGGGCAUCGGCGCGCUAAUCAGUGACGAUCUGGUAUACGAAAUAUGCCGCUACGGUGGAGCGGAGAUACACAGCAUUUCCGGCUAUAUGGGCGGUUGCAUUGCGCACGAACUGAUCAAAUUAGUCACGAAGCAAUACCGCCCCUUGGACAAUACGUUCAUUUACGAUGGGUCAACAUCGCAGACCGAAGUCUUUAAGCUGUAGUCAGCUGUAGUGCGAUAGGAAUUUAGGAUGCAAAAGAUG